ACAUCCUUUUGUGCACACUCCUUGCUUUGGCAUGGAGGCAAACAGAUCAGAAAUUUCUGCAGCUGAUGAGAGUGAGGAAGUAACUUAUACUUCUAUCAAAUUCUCUCAGACUCCUCUUCCAAGGGCCAGAGCUCCACAGGAGAAAAGAGCCCCCUGUCUGUGGUCAGCAGUUCUGAAGGGCUUGGUCAUAGGCUUUGGCACACUGAGCAUCUCCAUGGCAAUUGCUUUUAUUUGGAAGAUGAGUGACUGCCAACCACACUGCCCUCAACAGUGGGUGGCCUACAGAGGGAGCUGCUACUCCUUCUCCAUGGAGAAGAAGGACUGGAAAUCCAGCCAGGAAUCCUGCAGGGCACAGGGAGCUCACCUACUGGUGAUCAGUGAUACCUUGGAGAUGGAUCUGUUCAAGCGCAUUCAAGCAGAAUGUUUCUGGAUUGGACUGAGGAACAAUACAAGCUCUGGAUGGAUUUGGGAGGAUGGAUCUGUAUUAAGUGAUGCCAGAGUCCACUCUAACAGCCCUGUGCAAAAUUGUGCUGUCCUGAUGAAAGAUCAGUUUCAUGCCUCCAGCUGUGAAGUCUUAACUCCAUGGAUCUGUGAGAAAACAGUUAGAUAAAUCCCAUGUGUUUUUCCAUCUCACAACGACCUCAUCUGUGGUAUGGGUUGAUCAUUAGCUUCAUACAAGAGCAAAGACUUGCCUUUUCCAUGCCCUCACUAAAGUGUUUUACAAGGACAGGUUUGUUGUCCAUAAGGGUGAGUUACUCUCAGCAACAGAUCUACUCUCAGUCCACGAGUGUUGGAUUACUGCUCUUUGUGACCAGAUGAGACCUGGGACAUAUUCUCUGGCCUACUCUUUCCCUUCUUUAUCCUAUAAAGGCAAAUAAAAUCUUUGUCUUCGGACUUUUGAGGGGGACCUAGUAAUUUUCUCUCACUUCUAAGUAUCAGAUUUCAUUACCAUUCCCUGCAACUCUGUUGUCUGAUA